GAACUGUUGUGCAUAUUUUGAAGGGAAAAAAACUCCCUAAAGCUUUACUCACAGUCAUUACUAUACUCAGGUAUGGAUCGGUCACUUAGUUUUUUGGUGAUAUUUUUUGCUGUUUGUGUGUACUACUAUAUGUAUGUAAAGAACGAAGCAAGUGAAGAAACAAACAUUGUCUUUAACAGCACAUACGACUAUAUAAUAGUUGGAGCAGGCUCAGCUGGCUGUGUUCUUGCUAACAGGCUGUCUGAAGACUUGAGUUCAUCAGUACUAAUUAUAGAAGCUGGAGGAUCAGAAAACGAAAACGAAAUGAUGCAUAUACCUGUGGCGUCCGGUAGUUUGCAAAAUACGAAGCAAGAUUGGGCUUUUAGGACUGUCCCUCAAAAGAACGCAUGUUUUGGUUUUGAAAACAAGAGAAGCGCCCAGCCGAGAGGGCGUGUCCUUGGCGGAACCAGCUCUAUAAACUAUAUGCAUUACAUAAGGGGAAGUCGCCAUGAUUAUGAUGGAUGGGCAACAGAGGGUGCUGAUGGAUGGAGCUAUAAGGAUGUACUUCCAUAUUUUAUUAAAUCAGAGGAUAUUCAAAUACCAUCAUUGCAAAAUUCACCCUACCAUAAAAAGGGAGGUCCACUGACCGUAAGUGACGGAACAGCCACGCCUCUGAGCGAUGUGUACAGACGAGGAAUGGAAGAGCUAGGUUACUCUGUUGUAGACUGCAAUGGAGAGUCACAAAUAGGCUACUGUCACGCACAAGAGACAGUUAGAAACGGAGAGAGAUGGAGUACGGCUAAAGCCUUUCUCAGACCUGCUAUGAACCGCCCAAAUCUACAUGUGGCUGUGAACUCAUAUGUUACCAAGAUUUUGACAGAAAAUAAGAAGGCAUUGGGAGUUUCACUUGUGAGAGACAACGUAAAACAUAUUAUAAAGGCGAGGAAAGAAGUCAUUAUUUCUGCUGGUGCGUUCAAUAGUCCACAGAUUCUCAUGUUAUCGGGUAUUGGACCAAAGGACCACCUAAAAUCAUUAGGAAUACCUGUGAUUGUUGAUUUACCUGUUGGGGAAAACCUGGAGGAUCAUAUAAUGGUUACUUUGUUAUUCAAGGAUAACACAACAUCAUCUUUUUAUUUGUCAGCGUCAUCAUUCCUCCAAUACACUGCGUUUAAAUCAGGCCCCUUGGCUAAAACACAUAUAGAGUCGAGCGUAUUUCUUAAAGAUGGUGAUUCCUUGCUUCCACACAUGCAAUUGACGUUUUACAGUGUAUUUCUGUUACCUUCCGUCGCCUAUGAGUAUGUAAAAAUUCUCAACUGGAACCCAAAGAUAAGGAAAGGUGUGUAUAAAGCAUGUGAAGAAUUCAUAAGCAAUAAUGUAGGCACCUUCCUCGGAGAGAGUAUACUUCUACAUCCGAAAAGUAGAGGAACCAUUCGACUUCAGAGUACCGACCCUUUUGAUCCACCACUGAUAGAUCCUAAGUAUUUGGAUCACCCAGAUGACGUAAAAACGUUACUAAAAGGAAUACAGCAGAUUUUGAAAUUAGCAAAUACAACAGCAUUCAGAUCCAUUGGUGCGUCACCAUCAGACCCCUAUGAGGAGUAUUGUCCUCCUUGUAACGAACUUCAAUAUCCCUCCGAGGAGUACUGGAUCUGUAGAAUCAAGUAUUUUACUUACACCGUGUAUCACCCAACAUCUACAUGUAGAAUGGGAGCCUCUGAUGAUAAAACAGCUGUUGUUGAUCCACAGCUCAGAGUAAAGGGUAUAAAAAAUCUUCGUAUAGUCGAUGCUUCUGUCAUGCGCCAUGUUACGUCUGGAAACACUAAUGCUCCAACCAUAAUGAUAGCAGAAAAAGCGGCCGAUAUGAUUCGAGGAAUUGAUAGUGUUCAAGAUGUCCGUAAAAGGACAAAACAUUUAUAAGUAUUUGUGAAUAGGGAAUUGUUUUAGAAUGUUUAACACAGUGCAGACUUUUAAACUAUUUCAAAGCAAAGUUAUGAAUGCAUGUUAUAUAGGCAAAUCAUCUUUGAGAUUUGGAAAUCAGUAUUAUUGGUAUAUUACAAUAUUGCUAUAUAUUCAUCGAAGUUGACCAUUUAAAUCUUGACAUUUGACAUCCUGUUUGUAAUAUCGUUCAGUUUCUAGAUUCCAAUUAAUGAUUUUUAAUUUAUCAGGAAUUUUGAUGCUCUCUGAUUGGGCAAGACUCUCUUUUUCUUAUAUAUAUACCUCAGUGUGACUUCGCCCUAAAAAUGAGGUUCCAGGGGGGCUAUUCGGGUUUUCCCUCUUGAUCAACAAGUUUGCUAGUUGCCAACAUUUUUAUCAACCAAUCAAUUUGCGCGUUUUAUAUCAUGUGUAACAUUGUACCGUAAGUUAGUAGCGUAACGUAGAAAUGAAAGAGAUUAUUAUCGAAGAGAUUAAACAUCUUCAUUAGUGACUGUUUGUGUAUAAAUACUAUUUGUGUAUUUAUAAUGAUUUUUUCCACUUUGUUGAAUAGUUGUUAAACGGUUGAAAGAUAAAUGUGAUAUCUUGUUACACAACAUGUUAUAAUAUAACUGUUCAGAAUUUCAGUGUGAAAAUGCUGUAAAAUUCCUGAUCCAUGGUUCUCAAUGAUCUGUUAUACUGUGGCAGUCCCGCCACAGUAAAAUUUCUACCCGACCCAGUAACAAUUCAAAUUUUAAGCGUGCGCCAUAGUAAACAAUUUAGCGACACAGUAAGAUCCGCCAUGAUCAGAAAAAAUUGAACAUAAAUUCUCUCUAAUUGAAACUUUAAUCAAACAAAUAUACCGCCCAGGUCAGAUACGUGCUAACAUCGCCCCACGGCCUUGGUCAACAAAUACCUAACCAGGCCCCAGGAUCAUGAAGCAGACUUAGACUUAAGUCAGAUUUCAAUCAGCUGUAAAAAUUUUUAUUAAUUAUUGAAUUAAUCUUUAAAUUUCCCAAUAGCAACACUUUUGUGAAGCAAUAUUGAAAAAAAUUUUAAUUUUGGUCUGCUUGACGUCUACAACAUUUUAAUUUAACUGAAAGAUCUUGACUUAAGCUUAAGAUGUUUCAUGAUCACGGGGCCAGGUCCCUAUAGUUACAAAUAGACUUUAUCUUAAGGGGCUGAAGGACACAUGGUCACAUGACUCUGUUUAACUACGUCAUAGUCUCCGUUUAUAUAAGUGCAAAACGUGUAAAGCAUCAGUUCUUGUAUAAUUUUUUGACAAUUUUUUUAAC